CGUGAUUUGAGUGCGCGUCUGUCAAAAGUGUUGCGUUCUCAAUCGCUUUAUGGCUACGUACCGCGUAAAUAGUUUAUUCAUUUUACUGAUUCUGCGCUUUUUGAUAACGUUACAACUGUCAGAAAAAAAUGAAGGAAAUAAUUUAUAUGAAGAUCUUUUGCUGCCAUACGCCCCAUCGCAGAGACAUGGCCCCUCCCACUCGCAUCGGUUUGUGAGGGACUGUCAAUCAGUCGAGCAUGGCAAUGUCACACAUGAAUCCUGGAGGUCUAGCAGCAAACCGGGACUGCCAGUGGCAGAGUCCAAAAUGUUUGUUUCACACAUCGGUGCCGCCUCUGGAAAGCCCAGAUGGGUCAGCGGUCACAUGACAUUUGUUAACGACCCACUGCGGACAGUUUCGGUGUUGGAGCCAGGUGGCGCAGGGGGCUGCAGGAUUCACUGCUUGGAGACAGUGGAACGGACUUCCAGACUAAAGAAGUGCCUAUAUUCUCAAAAUGGUGGCUAUUUCAAUACUAAGACCAGGGAAUGCCUAGGAAAUGUGGUCAGUGAUGGCACACUGGUGAGAAACAGCAGGGGCAUACAGAAUGCUCAGUUUGGAAUCAAGAAGGAUGGGACAUUGGUGUUUGGGUAUCUCUCAGAGGAAGAUGUAUUAGAUAAGAUAAACCCGUUUGUGCAGCUCGUCAGUGGAGUGGUUUGGCUGUUGAGGAACGGAAUUACCUACAUCAAUGAGAGCAUGGCGAUCGAAUGCAAGGAGACUCAGGAAACUGGGAGCUUCCUGCGGUUUGUGAAUGCAAUAUCUGCAAGGACAGCGGUGGGGCACGAUCGAGAUGGCAGACUGGUUCUCUUCCACAUCGACGGGCAGACAGACAGUCGAGGGAUGAAUCUGUGGCAGGUGGCAGAAUUCCUUAAAGACCAGGGGGUUGUCAACGCCAUUAAUCUAGAUGGGGGAGGCUCUGCGACCUAUGUGGUGGGUGGAUCACUGGCAAGUUACCCAUCAGAUCACUGCGAUAAUCCCAUGUGGCGGUGCCCACGCAAUGUGUCCACGGUGCUGUGUGUUCACGAGCCGCUGUGCCAACCGGAGGACUGCAGCGGGAAUGGGGCAUGUGUGUGGGGGUCCUGUGUGUGCCAGCAGGGCUGGAGGCCUCCUGCCUGUGAUACCCCGACCUGCCAAGCCCCUGCCUGCGGUGACCACGGGGUCUGCAAUCAGUAUGGGUGUGUCUGUGAUGCCGGCUGGAUGGGGAGCAACUGUAGUGAAGUGUGUUUGCCUGGUUUCUAUGGUGAUGGCUGUAACCAGACCUGUGAAUGUUGGAAUGGGGGGUCAUGUGACCCAGUGCAUGGGCUCUGUACCUGUCCUGCUGGCUACCAGGGAGUCUUGUGUGAGCAAGAAUGCGCCAUAGGCUUAUAUGGGAUUAAGUGUGCACAGGAGUGCCACUGUCAGGACAUGUGUCCAUGUGACCCAGUGACAGGCACAUGCAACAUCACAAAUGCGGAAGAGCUGAAUGGCACCAUGCACAGAGCUGCCUACUGCUUGGCUACCCAGAUGUUAAAAAUUUGGAAGGAGAAGGACAUUGCUCACCAACCCAAGCCUUAUUUUACAGAAGCCACCUGGAUGAUUAUCAGCUCUGUUCUCUGUACCCUCCUCCUGGCCAGCUUCACCUGCAACCUGGUCCAGAGUAGGAGGAACUCUGGGGUACUUCUCUAUAGGUGGGACUACUCUUACCUCCCCCCAUCAGAGAUUAAUGGCAGGCUGAGCCUGGAGGACCUCACCGAUCCAGCGUCCUUCGAAAAUGGCAGCAGGGAUGUGUGUCUGGAGUUGGGCAGCAAGCUUUGAUCUUUUCGACACUGAGGCCAUGCUGAAGCCAUUGAACGGUAGGGGAUUCACUGGAGUUCUAUUGAUAUGCAGUCAUUUGACCCAGUCAUUUGUUAUUAUAGGAACAGAUGGAGUAUUUAACCUCUAUUAUGCUGCUAACAUUCCUCAAUUUCUUAAAAUUUUCCAGAUUAUACAGCAAUCAAGGUGCAUGGUCUAUAUGACUUAUAGUAGAUCAUACAUUUUUGAUUUAGUGCCAAAUUCAGAUUUAAAACUUUAUACCUUUGAUCAGCUUAAGCGUGAACUACCAUAAAAGUUUCAAUUUAGCACCCAAUUCAGAUAGCGCCAAUUUUAUACAGUCAUGCAAUGUUAAAUUAAUUUAGAUGGAAAAUGUAAGUGGCAGGAAAAGUGGUUUCUAGAGGUCCAUAAUUUUGUCAAGAAAAGCCCAAUAUCUUUAUAAAUUUGUAUGUAGGGAUGAUUUCUUAUGUAGAACUCAUAAUUAUCAUUACUGACCCUACAUGCUUCCAUUUAACCUGCAUAUUUCACAGGCGAUAGCAUGCUUAUCCACAGUGAAGCAUAGAUAGUUCAAUAAAUUAAAUAAUUUAUACAGUGGGAACAUGACAACCAUUGGAAUAACCUUUUGUUUAACAUUUACUGAAUUAUUUAACCUUUAUUCACACUGAUCUUUUUUUGGCCAUUUUCCUCACACACACACACACACACACACACACACACACACACACACACACACACACACACACACAUAGUAUUGUGCAAACGUUUUUGGCAGGUGUGAAAAAAAUGCUGUAAAGUAAGAAUGCUUUCUAAAAUAGAAAUGUUAGUAGUUUAUUUAAUGCAAAGUGAGUGAACAGAAGAAAAUUCUAAAUCAAAUCAAUAUUUGGUGUGACCACCCUUUGCCUUCAAACCAGCAUAUUCUUCGAGGUACACUUGCAUAAAGUUAGGGAUUUUGUAGGCAUAUAGUUAGAUGUGUGAUUAACUAAGUAUACCAAACAGGAGCUAAUGAUCAUCUAUUUAAUAGAUAGGUUGAAACACAAUCAUUAACUGAAACAGAAACAGCUGUGUAGGAGGGUUAAAACUGGGUGAGGAACAGCCAAACUCUGCGAUGGUGAGGUUGCUGAAGUCAUACACCAUGGCAAAAGACAAGGUAGUUAUACUGCAUCAGCAAGGUCUCUCCCUGGCAGAAAUGUCAAGGCAGACAGGGGUUUCCAGAUGUGCUGUCCAAGCUCUGUUGAAGAAGCACAAAGAAAUGGGCAACAUUGAGGACCGUAGAUGCAGUGGUCAGCCAAGGAAACAGUGCAGCAGAUGAAAGACACAUCAUGUUUACUUCCCUUCACAACCGGAAGAUGUCCAGCAGUGCCAUCAGCUCAGAAUUGGUACACCCAGGUACACCCAUCUACUGUGCGGAGAAGUCUGGUCAGAAGUGGUCUUCAUGGAAGAAUUGCGGCCAAAAAGCCAUACCUCCGACAUGGAAACAAGGCCAAGCAACUCAACUAUGCACGAAAACACAGGAACUGGGGUACAGAACAAUUGCAGCAAGUUCUCUGGAGUGAUGAGUCAAAUAUUUGAGUGGAAAUAUUUGGCUGUAGCAGAAGGCAGUUUGUUUGCCGAAGGGCUGGAGAGCAGUAAAAGAAUGAGUGUCUGCAGGCAACAAUGCAUAUUGGAGGUUCCUUGCAAGUUUGGGGCUGAAUUUCAGCAAAUGGAGUUGGGGAUUUGGUCAGAAUUAAUGGUCUCCUCAAUGCUGAGAAGUACAGGCAAAUGUCAUUAAGAACUAUCUUCAGUAUAAAGAAGAACAAGGAGUCCUGGAAUUGAUGGUAUGGCCCCCACAGAGCCCUGAUCUCAACAUCAUUGAGUCUGUCUGGGAUUACAUGAUGAGACGGAAGCAUUUUAGGCUGCCUAAAUCCACAGGCUAGUUCAAGAUGUUUGUAACAAUCUACCUGCCGAGUUCCUCCAAAAACUGCAAGUAUACCUAGAGGAAUUGAUGCGGUUUUGAAGGCAAAGGGUGGUCACACAAAAUGACCAAUAUCACUGUGUUCUGUACAGGAAAUGUACCUUCGGAGGAUCUCAGGGUUUUUCAUGUUUGCUGUGAGAUGCAAGUGUAUUGCAGAAUUGUUUACUUUGUAAAAUGAAAAUUAAAUCUUGAUUUUCAGAUGCUGAAUAAAUUGGUGUUAAUUUCAUUACAUUUAUUUAGAGCUUUGGUAUUCUUAAUGUAUUAGCAUUUGGUACUUGAGAAAUGUAUGUGGCCUCCAAGAAUGCCUAUUGUUUGUGUUCCCCUACGGAAUAAAAGUGCGCGCACUAUAUUUUGCUAAAAAGUAAAAUGUGUAGAUUUAAAUAUUUCUUUGUCUUGUUAUGUUUGAUCUCCACUUCUGAGAAUAAUUAUCAGAAAAUUAUCAGAAAAAGUAAGUGAUGUUGACAACUUCAUCUGGUUGGCUAAUUUCAAAUGCUCUUGAUCAUAGGCAUCAUGAGGUACCAAAUUACAUUUUAUGGAAAGCAGUUUUAUCGGUGUGUCUUUUUCAAAUUGAAUGGGAAAAAUUAUUCAUUGGGGGCUAUGUAUUAAAAAGCUGUAAUUUGUACAUGGUGAAACCAAUUUGUAUAAAACUAUCCUUUCAUAAAAGCUAAGAAUGUGCACUCUAA